CACCACCUGGAGUGCUUUGUCCAGCUCUGGGGCCCCCAUCGAUCUGCUGGAGCGAGUCCAGAGGAGGCCACCAACAUGACUGGAGGCAUAUAGUACCUCUCCUACGGUGAAAGAUUGGGGGAAUUGAGUUUGUUCACCCUGGAGAAGAGAAGGCUUUGGGAUGACCUAAUUGUGGCCUUCAAUACCUGAAGGGAGGCUACAAGAAAGUCGUGUUGGGAAAAGGGUCUUUUUAAAAGGGCAUGAAGUGCCAGGACAAUGGGGAAUGGAUUAAAACUGAGAGUAGGUUUAGCUAAUCUAAAGGAAGUUAUUUAGCUAAUCUGAGUUAUUAGGAAAAAAAUUUCUUUUCUGUGAGGGUGGUGAGGAAUCGGAAUAGGUUGCCCAGAGAAGCUGUGGAUGCCCCAACCCUCAAGGUGCUUAAGGCUGGCCUGGAUGGAGCUUGGAGCAAACUGGUAUAGUGGAAGGUGUCCCUGCCCACAACAGGGCUGCUGGAACUGGAUGAUCUUUAAGGCCCAGUUCAACCCAGGCUAUUAUAUUAUUUUAUGAUCAGACAGAGAUGUGGUGAGCACAGAUGCCAUAAAUGUCUCCCUGCAAAGCUGUGUGUAAAUUGAUUGCUGCCUCAAUUAUCAAUAAUGGAGUUGCAAAUAUUUCGUGCUAAUUUGGGAUAUUUACAUGGUUGCAUCUUUUCAAGGAGUGGCUGUUCGCAGCGUCAGCACAUCCUCCCCUCAUGAUCACCCAGAACAUGGAAGAUUAGUUUAUAAAGGAAAUUUGGCAAAGACAGUUUUGGGUGUGAAGUUUUUCUCUUACUCCACCAGCAUAUUCAACCUGUUCAUGAUGCCCUACAUCAUGCUCAAAAGUGGUAUUGGAGUGGAAAGUUUGCUUGUCCAAGCUGCCUUUUAUGGGUUGAUCGGGAUUUUUACAUUUGUAACUCCGGUUACUUUGCAUCUCCUUACAAAAGGUUACGUGAUCCGGCUCUAUUAUAAAGAUGAAGUGGACACCUAUACAGCCAUUACCUACAAUGCCAUCUUGGCAGAAAAAGCAACUGUGUUCCAUCAGAAAGAUGUAAAGAUUCCAGACAUCACCAAGAUGUUUACAACAUUUUAUGCUAAAACGAAAUCAAUGCUUGUUAAUCCUACGCUUUUCCCAAAUCCUCAGGAUUAUAACCAUCUCAUGGGCUAUGACAAGUCCUCAUUUUUUAAAUUUGAGGAUUUAGAGGGGGUAAAGGAAGCUGAUGAAAGGAAAUAAUUUGAAGAUAAUGUCAGUAUCAUCGUCCAUAAUGCAGUACUAUGUAUAUGAAAGAAUGUAAAAAUCUAUUACACUUACUUAAGUAUCACGUAGCUAGAGUUUUCCAUAUGCAUUUUGGAAUGUAUAAGAAGAGACACUUUUUAAAAAAUAUUACAAACAAUGAGAGGAUUUCUUUAGAGUUAAUGACAUAAAAUACAGUAAAAAAAGGAGAUGCUUAGCCCUGUCUUUUGCUUGUUUAUUCUUGGUUUGAUUGUUGUUGUUAGCUCUCCAGAGAACUGUAAAAUGCAUGAGCUUUGUGGCAGUCUCACCACCUCUGUGUCAAAAGACACUCAUUAUCUAUCGAGUAUGUACUUAAGAUGUUAAGCCUUAAAUAUUGUACUUAAUCUAAAAAUACCAGGUUUUUUGUUGCUGCUGGUGAUGGUAUAAAGGGAGUGAUCGUGGCUUUCCCUUCCCUUUGUGAAACCAUCAGUAGCCAGGAGGAGUCUCUGGAAAGCAGGCAGGUAUUCUUGUGAAGUUCCUGCUGCAACUCCCUCCCAGAGGAGAGAAGAACAUGGGGAGAACGGCUGUGAAUAUAGAAUAUAGAACAGUAAGUUCUAGCUACUCAAAUGUACUCUCAGGUAAACUAAAGUUCCACUCCAAGCAACCCUGUCCCCAAAGGUGAAGAGCAAGAAGCCUCUCUUCUUGGGCACCGUGACAUAAGAUUUGCUCUGUGAGCAUCCCGCUGACAAGAGGUGCUGUAUUUGAAUUGACAAAGAAAAUUCUAGCAGCUAGUGGUUAAAAUGCAUUCUGUCAGCAUUUAUGUAAGGUGAGGAAGCAUUUGUCCCUCUAAAGAACACACCUCUUGAUUUCCAGCACUGCGAAGAAAACCACCUUUCACUCAAUUAAAAAGGGGAUCCGGUCUUUUUGUGGUUCUAGACUGGUUCUCCCUUGAGUGUGUAGAGGUUGGAUUUACAUUUUUUUGGCUCAAGGCGCAUAAACUGACAAAUACUUGUUUUCAAAGAAUGAAGGACUUAAAUAUUUUGAGACAUAAAAAUUACUGAAUUGAAAAAAAACCCCAAAAUUAUUAAAAUUAGUAAUUUUGUGUUAGCAGUGCCCUUUGUAAUAAGAAAAUCUGAUGCUUGCUACUAGUCAUCCUGAUCCUGCAAAUAAGCAAUUAUAGCUUACUUUCAAGGUGUUUCCUAAGUUGUAGCUGAAAAACUGUAUUUAAAAGUCUAAAUGUCUUCCAAUACUAUUAUUUCAAUUUCCUUUUGGAAUUUCCUUAAUGCCACACAUUAUAUUAAACCAGAGUUUUGAAUGUUGCUUUUCUGACUGCCCUCAAUGUAUUUGCUUAGUAAUUAAAAAACAAAUCAUCCCAUCCUAA